AUGACAGUCGACAAUCGCCUGGAGGAUCGACUUGCACUGAUCACAGGCGCUUCUGGGGGGAUCGGUUCGAGCUGUGCACGCACACUCUGGGCCCGCGGGAUGGCUCUCGCUCUGACAUUCUCAACGGGGAAAGCCCAAUUGGAUGAAUUGAUUCGGGAGCUGGAAUCACUGGACCUUGGAGGACGAGGACGACGACAGAUCUCUGCGCAUCAGGCCAACUUGGAAUCCACGGGCGACAUCGACAGGCUCUUCGGAGAGGUCCAGCAAGCCCACGGCAAGCGGCCAGACGUCCUCGUCGCCAAUGCAGGGUAUGCAAAGGUGAUACCGGACAUCGCGGACAUCUCGCUGGAAGAAUUCGACCGGACCAUGGCCGUCAACUUGCGAGCGACAUUCCUCUUGGUCAAGUUGGCUCUACCGGCGAUGAUGGACCAAGGUUGGGGCCGGAUCGUCUUUAUUUCGAGCAUUGCCGCCGAAGGCGGGGGCAUCAAUGGAUGUCAUUACGCGGCAUCCAAGGCCGGCAUGAACGGCAUGAUGAGAAAUCUAGCGACCAAGCUGGCCAGACACGGUAUCACUGUUAAUAGCCUUGCUCCUGCCCUGAUCGGUGCAACUGGACUCAUCCCAGAUGAAAGCAUGUUGAAAGGCACGCUUGGCGACGUGAGGAACAUUCCCGUGGGGAGGUUGGGCACGCCGCAAGAAUGUGCCAACGUGGUCGAGAUGAUUUGUACAACUGGCUACUUGACGGGACAAAAUAUUCUGCUCACUGGGGGCCUCAAGUAG